CGCUCCCGCCGGGGCCGGGGGCGGCGGGAGUGGCGCGAUGCGCGGGCGGCAGCGGGAGCAGCCCCGGGAGCAGCGGGAGCAGCAGCGGGGCCCGGCGCUGCCCGCCGCCGUCGGGGCGCUGUGCCGGGCCCUGCCGCCCAGCGCCCGGCCCGCCCCCGACACCCUGCGGCGCGCCAGGUUCGACCGGCCGCAGGCGAGCCUGGACUUCUGGAAGCUGCUGUAUGUGCUUCUGAAGCAGAUUCACGGGGACAGGUGGACAGAGUCUGAUGCCAUAGGUGCCCAGGUCAGGUUUGUGAAGUGGGCGCUGUGGUACCACGGCUACGGGCGGCCCCAGCUCCAGCGGCUCCCGGCCGACGGCUCCGCGGGCAGCCGGGAGCUGCUGCUGGCCUUCUCCUGGCUGCUGCACAGCCCUGGCCUCCUGGAGCAGCUCCUGGCUCGGAACAGAGUGCAGACUGGGGACGAGACCUCUGUGUGCACGUGUGAAGAUGAUCUGCCCAAGAGCCAGGAAGGCACAAGUGAAGCAGGACCUGAAGACAGAGUGGAUGUUCGAUACCUGCAGUGGUUGAACGGGAGGCUGAGGUUGCAGUGGUGCAGUUUGCACGCUCAGCACCAAGAGCAAUGCAAACUUCUGCACAAGAUCCAUUUAUUCACAAGUGGCUCCCACAUGGACCAGAACCUCGGACAUUUCUCUGUCACAGAAACAGAUCUCAUUAGACAGCCAGAGAACUACAAGCAGCUGUUCCAGCUCCUGGAGUCUGAGACCACGCAGCUGGAAGCCUUUCUGGAAUGGAAGCAACUGGAACCAGUUUACUGGCAGUGGAUGGAAACUGUGUUGGAUGAUAUGGCUGAAGAGGGAAAUAUGUGUGAGUCCCAGGAUGCUCGUGUGGAGAAAAGAAGGCUGCCAGAGGUGACCUCCUGCUGCCCCUGGGCUGACAAGCUGGCUGGGCAGAUGGACAGAUUGUCCAGAGAGCUGGUGGCUCUCCAGGAGCAGCUGCAGCAGCUCGUCACUCAGCGAAGGGCUGCGUGGCGGGAGAAGGUGGCAACAAGAGAAGAGCUACAGAAGGAGAGGUUCUCUGCCACUGCUAGAAGGACACAGGAAAGCACUGAACUAAAACUGAGAGCUCUCACAUCCCUCUGUGCUGCGCAGAAAACCAGAAUGCACGGUUUGUACAGGCUGGUGCUGAGGAGCAAACACCCUGCCAGCAAAACGGCCUUGGGUCAGCGUGUGUCCAAGGAGGCUGUUGCAGCUGUCAGUGCUGCAGAGGUGAUCAGAGAGCUGCAGGUGAGAGAGGCCAGCCUGCAGAGAGAGCUGCAGCAGCUGCGGCAGCAGUGCAGGCACAGGCUGGAUGGAAUUGCAGAAGGCUUGGAGGGAGUGAUUUGUAUCUCCCCUUGAAGAGAGAAACCUGGGCUGGGAGAAGCCCAGGAGCAGAGUGGUUUGGUCACGUUGUGCAGCCUGGCACGGAGGAGUGUGAGCUGAGGAAGCAAAUGUAAUUUGUAAUUCUGCAGCCUGGGAAUCAUAACUUGUUACUGCUUUGUGAGCUGUACUGGGGCCACAACCUCAGUGCUCUCUCUGCAGCCCCUUUAUUGCUAACCCUGCCAAUUAAAUUCUGCAUUAGGCCUUGGUGGGAGUGUGCAUAAAUCUCCCUUUUAUCUUCUGGAUUUCUAGUUCUUCUGCCAAGCCCUGGGCUCUUUUACAGCGCUCAGCUGCGAGGCACGGUGUACGUCGAGGCUGUGCAUUGAAGUACUAAUUGCAUUCAAUAUUUUCCAGCAAUUGGAAGAGUUCAUUAGUCAGAAAAAUCCAAGUAUUGGAGAACAUGAAAAAUACCAAGGCUUAGAGAGAUUGGAAAUUUUCAAGAGUGUGUUGUUUUAAUUCAGCUGCUCGGAGCAUUUGUGGCAGCUGUAAUGUAGUCACAAUAAAGCAAAACAAAUGCCUAAUAAUAAAUAAAGCCCUGCACUGAUUUCAUUUACUGGUGUGAUGCACUUGAAGUAAUUGGGUUCUCAAAGAGAACAAACUAGAAACCCAUUCCAUUGGGUUCUGAGUCACAAUGAGAUGGAUAACUUCUGGACCUGCUCUAGGAAGUUUCUGCGACACAGAAAUACGACCCUAACUUCCAAGCUUGAGGAGGCUCCAAGUCCUGUCUCUGAAGGCUUCUUCCCUUGGAACAGUGAAAUGCUUUUCCUUUGGCCUUAAUUUCCUACCCUUUUCUGGUUUGUUUUCACCAAGGAAUAUUUUUAUGUUCUAGUUGUACACUUUGAGGAAUAAAUAAUAUUUA